CCGGAAGUGCGGAAAAAGACGAGGACCGAAACCAGAAGAGUUGAACUUUCACUGGCAACUUUUACUGUAUUUGACGAGUCUUUUUUAGGUUUUUUUGUUCGUGCCUGAUUGUUGUGUGUCCGAGGAGCUUCUUGAAGAUGCCGGCCAUGGAAAAACAUCUCUUCAACCUAAAGUUCGCUGCCAAAGAGCUCCAAAGAAAUGCAAAGAAAUGUGACAAAGAGGAAAAAACCGAGAAGGCAAAAGUCAAAAAGGCCAUCCAGAAGGGGAACAUGGAAGUGGCGCGGAUCCACGCGGAGAACGCCAUCAGACAGAAGAACCAGUCUGUGAACUUCCUGAGGAUGAGCGCUCGCGUGGACGCGGUGGCAGCCAGAGUCCAGACGGCCGUCACCAUGAACCAGGUCACAAAAUCUAUGGCUGGAGUGGUGAAAGGCAUGGACGCCACUCUGAAGAGCAUGAACCUCGAGAAGAUCUCAGCUCUCAUGGACAAGUUCGAGCACCAGUUUGAAACCCUGGAUGUUCAGACGGCCCAGAUGGAGGACACGAUGAGCAGCACAACAACCCUCACCACACCGCAGAACCAAGUGGAUUCGUUGAUGCACGAAAUGGCCGACGAAGCAGGGCUGGACCUGAACAUGGAGCUCCCUCAAGGACAGACGGGAUCAGUUGGUACCAGCGUGGCUUCUGCAGAGCAGGAUGAAUUGUCUCAAAGGCUCGCCAAACUCAGAGAUCAGAUGUAAAGACCGACUGCGGUGGACCGGCACCAGAUCACAGAGUUCUACAGAAACCUGCACACUACCUGAAUACAACCCCCUUUUAUUGACAUCAUGUCUUCUUUCCUGCUUUUUACAUCCUUUGUGCUUGU